GAGUAGCAGCAGAGAGGUGAGGUGAAGGGAGCAGGGCGGUAGAAAAGAGAAAGGAGGGAAGAAAAGGAUUCAUUCAAGCAGCAACCAACCAGUCUUCCAUGUUCUCACUUCGACCAGAAAGAGAGAAAGGACCAGAGAGUCCCCCCGCCUUUGCUUCUCUCGAAACUCCUGCUUCCUUAUUAAUUAAGGAGUUCAGAAAACAAAGAACAUUCGCAUAAACAAUUCCCAUGGUGGGGGCCCAACCUCCCUGUCAAAUCUAAUGCUGAGGGCCACUUCCUCUGCCUCAUCGACUACAACUUCCCCUCCCCUCUUCUCUCCUUUGCUCGAGUCAAGAAACCUUCCCCGAAAUAAAGGGCUUUUCCUGUCCUUGAGCUAAAAUCCAGGCGCAGGGCUGCAACCACUCAAAGAGCAGAGAAGAAGGAAGAGAGAGAGAGGGAGACAGCUCCAUCCCCAUCACUCUCCUCACAAGAUGGCAGAGACAAGAAAUUAACACCAUUUACAAAAAAGGAGCAAUUAUUGUAAAUUAUUUCGAAAUUCACAUGGAAUGGAAUCUCAGAGGAACAAAGACAGAGAAAGGGGAAGAGGAAGGAUGAGAAGGGGGGCAGAGUGGCAAUACCAACCACCAAAAACACCAAAAAGACCAUCAUCAUCAUCAUGUAUCUUCCUCAUAAUGCCGAUACACCAACUUUUCCUUUUUCCAACUAUUUUCUUUUCCCUUCUUCUCCUCCUUCCUCCUCUUUCUUCUUCCUCUCCUUCUUCAUCUUCUUCGAACUAAAAGCCUAAAAAGGCGCUACGUUCACACACAUUCCAUCACAAACCCCACUUUCAGUCAAUCCCCACUUUGUGAAAUUUUACAAAUACCCAAGUACAGAAGCCUCUCCUUCUCUCUCUCUCUUUCCCUUUGGCUGGCUGGCCGGCUGGAGAGACACUCGAGCAUAUAUUCUUCAUCCGACCCUACAACACGCAUGUACAACUCUGAAUCUCUCACCGUUGAACGCAAGCAAUGGACGGUGGAGAUGCAGAGUAGGCUCGGGCAGGGCCCCACAGAACGGGGGCAUGAUUUGGGGUGGGUCCCCUCCUCACCCCUCGGCACACAUUUAAUUGUUUCCGGCAGGCAGGCAGGCAGAAUCAAAAGGAAAAAACAAGCCCUCGCCCCUUCCCCUCUGAUCUUCCCCAGCCAGGACGUCCAACCCCACAUUCCUCUCUCCCCCACCUUCCUUUUUCCCUCGAUCAAUUUUUCCCUCUGCCCGACGUCCAACCAGAAUCUCCAUGAUCUCUCUUCGAAACUCCGGCCGGUCAAAAACCCUCUGCCUCUCUCUCUCCUCCCCAUAAACUACCAUCAUUCCUUCCUCGUCCACCAACCUGAGAAAUCUUGAACCUCACCACCACCACCACCGGCAGCAGGAGCAGGAGCAGCAGCACUACCACCACCAUCGCUGUCAUCCCUUCCCCUCCCUUCCAGAAACCGAAGAAACAGAAAAAGAGGAAAGAAAAAGGAGGAAAAUCCCAUCUAGACAGAGAGAGAGAGAGAGAAGAAAAGGAGAAAAACCAUCAUUAGAGAACUGGGUUUCCUUCCCUCUCCUUUUUAAAACAAUACCAAGAUUCUCAAUCGUCUCCCUCCCUCCUCCCCCAUGGGCGACACUCAUCAUUACUUCCAUGCAUGCACGCUCUUUCCUCCAAUCCUCCCCGCAAUCCAAUCUCCUCCUCCCUCCCUAUAAUUACGAGCUCUCCGCAGCCGAAGCCCAUCCACCCCACUGCCUCUCCAUCCUCCCCAUCCCGACUGUCUUCCUCUGUAGAUAGAGGAGAGAGCGAGGCGACUGAGAAGAGGAUCGAAUCCAAUACAGUCGAGGGAAGAGGAGAGAAGGGGAGGAGGAGUCUGGAAAAGGAGAGAGAGAGAAGAAGGGGAAGAAGAUGGAAGCGUCGAUCAGUGGAUUCUAUGCGAAGCUGAGGAGAGGGAUGGAGGAUCUGGAGGAGAGCAUAGCGUCGAAGGGGAGGGGAUGCGGCGGCGGAGUGGGAGGGGGGGAGGACGACGACGACGACUGCUUCAUGAGCGCGAGAUGGGUGAACGAGGCGCUGGGGCUGCUGCGGUCGCUGCACGGGGAGCUCGUGCGGCUGGUGCAGAGCCUGCGGCUGCCUGCUGGGGACAAGUGGCUGGACGACUACAUGGACGAGAGCGCCAAGCUGUGGAGCGCCUGCCACGUCCUCAAGUCGGCGGCCUCGGGGCUCGAGGGAUACCAGGCCGCCGUGGAGGCCGCCCUGCCGCUCAUGACCGACGGCCGGUGGUGGUCCUCCGCCUCCGCGCCCGCCCUCUGCCGACAGGUCAUGCGAAGCAUCUCCGGCUGCCGGCGGGAGGCCGUUAGCCUUGAGGAGGACAACAAAGCCCUCGUCGACGCCCGCAUCGGCGACCUCGUCCGCUUCGAGGGCCGCCGCGUUGGCUCGGCCGGCAAGUUCAACGGCUUCCGAGGUGUGCUCUUCGCCAUGAGCAACGCCAGCUCCCUCCUCCUCAUCCUCCUACUCUGGGGCCUCGCCCACUACUCUCCUCCCUCCGGCUCUGGCGCCUCCAUGGGCGGGUGCUCUUCGCCUGAGGAGGAAGAGGAAGGCUGCUGUCUCUGCUUCGGUUCGGGGCUUCACCGCCGGGCGGCGGCAGAGAUCGAGCGCAUCGGCGGCGGUGGAGGAGCGAGGCCGCCGGCGAUCCUCCUCUACGAGCUGAGGCGAUCUCAGGCGGUGAUGGACGACAUCUGGGCGCUGUUGGACCUGCGGGCUCAGGGGAAAGCCGAUACGGCGGUGUCGGCCGUCUCCGAGAAGGUAGAGACGCUCAGGGAGUGCUUCGGGUCGUUCAAGGCCGGGCUGGAGGCCGUGGUGGCGCAGCUGGACGACUUCUUCGACGAGAUCGUCGAGGGCAGGAAGAAGCUCCUCGACAUCUGCACCCGGCGGCAGCGGUAGACCACACAAAACAAUAGCCAACCUCCUCCCCAUUAAGGCAAAAAAAAAAGAACAGAAAGAGGGCAGGGGAGUAAAGAAACAAGACUAGAGAGAUAGAAUGGCCGAGCCCCCAUCUCUUCCGCCACCUCCACCUCCUCUGCAACCGGCCCCCGCCAUUCCGGAUACGUCGCAGAAUCAGGAAGAUGAGGGAGGGAGAGGAAGCUUGCUUGGUUGUCGCUUGGUAUUUUCUUAGUAUUAUUAUUAUUGUUUAUUGCCAAAGAUGUAUACAUGGCUGGCAAGCUAUGGCUAGCUGCAGAGAGAGAGAGUCAACAUAGAGAAUAGAUCGACGUAAAAAAAGAAAUGAGAAUAACGUUAAAAACAACAUAUAUCGAGAUUCGCAGUUUAGGAAGAAAGAGUAAAAAUCCUUUGUUUUUUUCAUAUUUUUCUGGUUUUUGGGUUCAAUUUGCGGGAUUGCUUACUUUCUUUGUUACUCUUUUCUCUUGAUUAGAAGUUUUGAUUAAAGGGGAAGCAAGCUUUGGGCUUGCUUUUCUUCUUGUAUAGAUUUAGAUAGGAGCAAGGAAAAAAAGAGGAGAAUUUUUGGGAGGAGGGGGAGGAUGAAGAGUGGGAGAUGGUGAUCCCGGCAGUGGAGGGCGAGUUUUUGAAUAUCUUCGUUCUUUUUUCUUUUUAUGUUCGUUUUUCUUAAUAUGCUCUGCUGGUCUUGAUAUUGUAAAGUGGAUGAAUGCAUGAAUUGAAGAAAGAAACUUUACCCAA